AUGAAGUCCGGUGGGGGGCUGAUGGCACCUCCCGGCUGUUUUCCAGGCCGGUACAGCCCCACAUACCGCAGCUCUGAUCCACGGCGCUGCGUGCCCAAUCCAUCCAGUCGAAUAUUGGAGGAUGCCUCGUUGAUGUGCAAUUCGUGGUCACCGAGGCACAACGGUGAUAUAUUUGGAGGCCUCAAUGAUGGUUUGCUGAGUAGAGCGGAGGCCUUGGCCGCCGUGGACAUCGGUAAACAUCAAUCAGGACCCCAGCCCGGACCUCCGCUGCCACAGCUCAAGCACGACAUGGUCUACCACCACGGUGUCGGUGGUCCCCCUCCGCACAACGCAAGACCUCAUCAGCCAUUUUUUCCGCAGAUGGGCCAUCAUGGUAUGGAAGGUUUGGAUAUGCUUGAUCCACUCACAUCAUCAUCCAUGACCACCCUGGCACCGAUGGGAGAAGCGGCGCCACCUCAUCACCAAUUGCAUGGCUAUGGAGCCAUGAACCACGUUAUGAACCAUCAUCACCACCCUGGAGGUUUAGGUCAUGCACCACCAGCGCACCUUGGUCAUCCCUCUGCUGCUCUUCAUCCUGAUACAGAUACUGAUCCUCGAGAACUCGAAGCCUUUGCAGAGAGAUUUAAGCAACGAAGAAUAAAACUUGGUGUGACUCAAGCGGAUGUCGGGAAAGCGCUAGCCAAUUUAAAACUGCCAGGGGUUGGGGCUCUUUCUCAAAGUACAAUCUGUAGAUUUGAGAGCUUGACAUUAAGUCAUAAUAAUAUGAUUGCUUUAAAACCUAUACUACAAGCUUGGUUGGAAGAAGCAGAAGCUCAAGCUAAGAAUAAAAGACGAGAUCCAGACGCACCAAGUGUAUUACCAGCCGGCGAAAAGAAGCGAAAGAGAACAUCCAUAGCCGCACCAGAAAAGAGAAGCCUUGAAGCUUAUUUUGCAGUUCAGCCACGACCCUCCGGUGAAAAGAUUGCAGCGAUUGCAGAAAAAUUAGACUUAAAAAAGAAUGUUGUUCGAGUUUGGUUUUGUAAUCAGAGACAAAAACAGAAGCGUAUGAAAUUUGCGGCGCAACACUGA